CAUCCUCCCUCCCCCAGACUUUGCAAUACAGCCAUGUCAGGCUGCGGAGAAGCAUCACCAGAGAAACACAAGGAGGCAGAAAGAGUAUGAGGAAGCGGUCCUAGCUGGGAGAGGAGAUCGAAGGCGCACGUGCACAGCCUGGAACAUGAGCUGCAGAAGGUGUGGUUGUUUCUAUCUAACUGACGCCGCCCGGUUUAUGUCAGCCCAGGAGUCCGGCCUUCCGCUAUGAGUUACCCCUUGCUCCUCUUUGGCCUGCCUGUCUUGGGGAUCUAUGCCCUGGCCUCCAACUACCUGCGAAAGAGACCGCACCUGCUGCAUAAACCGCACAAGUUUCCUGUUCGAUGCCGGCACGUGUCCCACCGGGGAGGCUGUGGAGAGCGGAUUGAAAACACUUUGGAAGCCUUCAGACAUGCUCAGAGCCAAGGAACGAAUCUGUUGGAAAUCGACUGCUUCAUGACAAGAGACGGAGUUGUGGUUGUGUCCCACGAUGACAAUCUCGAACGUGAGACGGGACACAACAUCAAGAUCAGUGAGACAGACUACGAGGAUUUGCCUCCUUAUAAGGAUCAUCUGGAGGUGACCUUCUCACCAGGCCGUUUUUCCCAUGGCUCAGAUCACCGUAUUGCACGCUUGGAGGAGGUUUUUCAGAAAUUCCCUGGGAUGCCCAUCAACAUUGAAAUUAAGGAGGUGAAUGACAGACUUAUACAAAAGGUAGCAGAUCUCGUCCGCCAAUACGACCGCUCUCACAUCACCAUCUGGGCAUCCUUUGAUGAAGAAGUGUUGAAGAAAUGCCGCAGAGCCAAUAAAGAGAUGCCUUAUAUCUUCUCCAUGCAACGUGGCAUCACCAUCCUACUCCUCUACUAUGUGGGACUACUGCCUUUCCUACCACUGAAAGAAUCUUUCCUUGAGUUUGUUCUACCCUCCAUCAUGAACAGGACAAUGUUUCCAGUGAAAAAGGGAUACUGUGGAGCACUGCUGGCUAAAUUUGCUCACAAGGUGACCAUGAGGAAAAAGCUUCUAAAGCAUCUUGAAGACAGAGGGAUACAGGUUAUUCUUUGGGUUUUGAACGAAGAAAAAGAUUUUGAUGAAGCCUUUAGCUAUGGGAUUUCCGGUGUGAUGACCGAUUACCCCUCCUACCUCCGAAAGUACCUGGACAGCCACCCGCCUCUUUUCAAUGAAUGAUUUAGGUGGGAAACCGGACUUGGGGGUGGGAAUGGAAUCAAACAUGUUCCUUGCUAGAUGAAGUAUAGUAUUAAACCCAGAAAGAUGGGGGGGAUUUGAAAACCAUAAAGCAAAUAAACUUAUUCUAACUA